CUCGUGCCAUGGGGACCUUACGUUUUUGGAUUUUUAUACAUUUAAUCAUACAUUUUUAAUCAAUUAGCUGAAAAUCCUGACUCAAAGUAUAAAUUUGGGUGACAUUUCUUUUCUAACGAUCUCCAGGCGUAACGUUGACAAGUUACGUGUUGGACGCUUGCACAUGUGAAGUUGCAUAACGUGAAAACAGUUCAAGUUCCGCUAAGUCAGACUUUGCGACAAGUCGUCAGAAGAAAUCGCCGGCGCCAGAGAGAGAGCAAGCGGAUGGCCACCGUCGUUCAUCGCCAACUAUAUUAGAAACUAUUUUAAUUUUGCUGCAGACUUGGUGGAGUGGUGCUAUGUCUUCGGGGAUGACUGGGCAAACGCCGUGCCUAACCAGCCGAUGGGAUCAGCCAGCCCAGCCUAAACAGAGUGCAGAUGUAAAGCAGCCGAUGAGUAAUGAAAAUGCAGGCCACCCUGUCUCUUUAUCAGGAAUCGUCAGCACUGCUGGUUCAAACAGCACAGAGUCCCAGCCACCACAAACAGGAGAAAAACCAGCGCCUCAGGGAGGAGUUGAAAUGGCUGCAGCCAUGGCUGCUAAAAUAAAUGCUAUGUUAAUGGCAAAAGGAAAGCUGUUGACUCCUCCGCCAUUACUUGCAAAGACACCUCUAAGUGUGCCUGCGCCAGCCACUACAGAAGAGAUGGUGGUCACAGAGGUUGACAUAAACGAUGUACCGUUAAACUGCAGGGACCUUCUUACAAAAGGCAAGACACAGGAAGAGAUCCGACAGUUUAGUGGUGCAGUCAUCUCAACCAAAGGGCAUUUCAUGACUGAGGCUGAAAAGGGAAAUGGAGGACAAAGACCUUUGUAUUUGCACGUACAGGGAAAGAACCAAGAGCAAGUCAACAAGGCUGUGAUGAGGAUAAAGGAGAUCAUCUCUGAGGACCUCUUGAGGGCUUCAGCAGCGUCAGGAGGACAACAGGUGCCUGUAAUGCCUCCUCUCACAAUUUACCCUCAGCCUCCUCGCCCAGUAAUUCCCCCACCUGUGCCACGACUGCCCAACACCAACUCAGUGGCAGGCCAGGGACAUCGGCCUGCAGCUCCACAUUCAGGGAGUUUUGUGCACACAAAGAUUUUUGUUGGUUUGGACCAGGCAUUGCCCUCGUUUAAUGUGAAAGAAAAGAUUGAAGGUCCCGGAGGUUCGUACCUGAGCCACAUCCAGACGGAAACCGGAGCCCGAGUCUUUCUCAGGGGAAAAAAUUCAGGCUACAUUGAGCAAGCAUCCAAACGGGAGUCUUUUGAGCCUCUUUAUGUCUACAUCAGCCAUCCAAAUGCAGCUGGAUUGGAGGCAGCGAAGAAACUCACUGAGAGCCUGCUGGAAACUGUGAGAUCUGAACAUGCCCGCAUGGUGUCUAUGUACACAGCCACAGGCUCAACACAACCAUACGCAGCACAUGGAUUUCCACCUAAUAGCAAUUACUCUAGCCAGGGAUCCUGGUAUAACUACCCAGCAAAUGGGUAUGCUGGCGCCUAUUCAGCGUACCCAGGAGCCAGUGGUUAUUGGAGUAAUGCAAAUGGUCCCCCAAGUCAUUCUAACAUGUCGACAAACCCUCCAUCUUCUCAGGCAAUGGUUCAGUAUCCAGUGUGUCCUAGGAAACCGCAUCCCUAUCUCGCCCAGGAUCCUGACAGCAGUGAGAGAGUGGAGCCUGAAGGAUCUUUAAACACCAUCGCUGAUUCAGGAAGUCCUAAACGUCAUUUCCAGGAGGGGGCUAAGGAGGAACAGCCUACCAGCAGCUCUGCAGAGGGUUCGGCCAAUCAGGAGUCUGUACUUCCUGCUUCCAGUGUUGGAGAGGAGAAAGUAGAAGAAAGGAUUCUCAUGCCUCCACCUCCACUUCCCUUUGUGGCUCCCGCCCCAGUUCCACGCAAAAGGUCGAGGGACGCAGGAACGGAAGAGCCAGCCAGCCUGCCCGUCAACAUCGCGUCAAUGGGUGUUCAAGAGGUGUGCAAGAAGUCUAAAGUGGACGAAGAUGCAUCAGGGCUAGUGCCCUAUGGAGGAGAUUCCUCUGACGAAGAGGAGGAAAGGACACACAGCAGUAAGACAGAUAACUCAUAACCCCUGCCCUGCCCCCGCCCCAUCCCCACUGCCCAGGAUACCCACAGACCCAAAGUCUACAUUCAGUAUAUCAACACAGUUUUCAAACCCCACAUAAAAGGAAAAAUCCACCCUUGCAUUAUCACACACUGUUUUAUGACUAUACCAGUGUUUUGCCACAACCCUUUUAAUCACUUUUACUAAAUGAAUGAAUACAUUAUUGGUGCCCAUUUUCCAAUACAAACAAAGUGUUAAAACACUUUUGUUUGACAUUUUUCCUUCCAUCCAAGUAGACAUGGUACUACCCAUACCAGUUUCUGUUACCACUUGUGUACUGACAUCCAAACUUCACUCAUAGUCGAGCCCACAGUCAUUAUACAGCAGUGAUAUAAGGUACAGAUGAGUUUUAAGCAGGCUUAAGAUGCAAAACAAAAUGCUGGUAUGGUCUUUGAAUUAUCGCCAGUUUCUGAUGUUUGGUGCUUUCCUGAACUCCUAAGGAAGGAGGGUGUUUAUUUUUAUGUCCUGUUGCAGGUUUUGUUUGUGUUUUUUGUUUUUGUUUUUUUUCCUCCAUGCUUCUGCCAGACUGCCUUUCUACAACCCCUCACACAAAGCGUGUGAAGCUAUUGGUUUUACUCGAAGGUGGUUGUUUAAAUUUAUGCCCACCUAUAAAGCUAAUGUAAAUAUAGAUAGCCUGCCAACUAGUUUGUCAUUUUGCACAUGUUUUUAGCCUCAUUUGAACUGUAACGCAUCUCAUGGCUACAUCAUUGGAGAAGUUUGAGGAUAUUGUUUUAUACAAAUCUUUCCACAGUGUUUUUUCUCCCGUGUGCUUUUGCUGUCUUGAUAGAAGCCUUUGUUUUUGGAUUCUAAAGGUCUGCCUAUAGAAAAUUUGCACUUAUCAGUCAGUUAAAUGGCAGAGAAAUUUUCUGCCCAAAAAUAUAUACCAUUAUUAAACAAAACAGCCCCUUUUAACAGUGUGGAAGUACUCAGGGUGGCUUUUCCCUUUUUUCAGAUGUGAAUACAAUUGUAUAAUGACAAGUGGAUUUUGUUUCUUAAAACACUUUUAUUCAUUUUUCAGAGCAUCUUUUGUCAAUCAUAAACAACCCCUCCCCCAUCCAUUUUAAUUUAAACACUUGUUGUGCUGCAGUUGCCAAUGCUAUAAAUACAUAUUGUAAAAUUCAGUGAAACCUUUUCUUAUCUUGGAAAAUGGUGUAAGCCGGUUCCCAUGGAAUACUAUAAUAAAAACAACUGAAAACCCCUUA